UUGCCUGUUGAUUUUUGGUACGACGUCUCCGCGAAAAACAUAAAAAAUAAAUUAAAUUAAGCUGCGGAUUUAAAUGAAAAUUGUCUCGGAGAGCGUCGCAAGCAAUGGACAACGAUAUACGAGCGAAAUUGGAAGCAGCAGCAGCUGUUAUCAUGGCGCCGCCAAAUCAGAUAAAACCGGAAGCCCGCCAAGAAGCUGAAGCUGUUUUCAUGCAAUUUCGCAACAAUAAGAGCUUGGAUGCGCUGCAAUUGUGUCAAACAAUCCUCGAAACGAGUACCGUGGAUUUGGUUAUUUUCGAGUGCAUUAAUAUCAUCAAAUCCAUCCUAAUUUCGAGUUGGGACCUCAUCCAAGACGACGUAAAGAUGAAUCUCCGUCAAUAUUUGUUGAAUUUCGUGCUGCAGCAUAAACAUGCGCCCUUUUUCAUCCGCGAAAAAAUCCUUCAGGUCGUCUCAAUUAUGAUAAAACGCACGUCACUCGUCGAUCACGGCGCCGAUCGUCAUCAAAUCCUGGAACAAGCAAAGGCAAUGUUCCUCACGGACGACGCAACGCAAAUAACUUUAGCUUCAGCGCUCGUUCUCGCCGUUUUACGCGAACACACGGAAUGUGUCAAGUCCGAAGACACCGGUUUGACGUUCGAUCAUCACUUUAAGGCGAAAAAAAUGUUCGAAACCUCCGAAUUACGAAGUGUUUUCACGACUGUGCUCGAAGCGAUGGCUCGUACAAUCCAAAAUGCGGAGAAUAUUGACGCUGUAAUCGGAAAUCAACUUGCCCGGUACUUGGAAAUAAUGGAAAUUAUCCUCACAUGGGGGUACAUUUCGCCUGUCAUGCCGAAAAGAUUGAUCUCGAUGAUCGAAACAGUCUCAAAAAUCAACCAAAAUGUCGCGUUGCGGUUAAAUCUGUCAUGGGAACCCAUAAUUUUCGACCCGAAAAUGUUACAAACAUUUUUUUAUCUUUACUGGAAGGUUCGACAAGUCCCAGAUUUGCGACAAAAAGGACUCGUUUGUCUUGUGCAGCUCUCAACGUUAAGCGGACCCGUGUUGACAAGCAAAAAAGAAACGAGAUUGAUGUAUUUGAAGAAUUAUUUGUCCCAUUUAUCGCAAUUGCUCGGAAAUGAGACGUGUGUCGAGGAAAUUGUCGGAUUUAGUCUCAUAAUUCGAAAAUUGUUGCUUUUUCAUGGAGCUGCAAUGGACUUGCGUGAAGAUUCGGUCGAUGUUUUUAACGGAUUUAUCGAAAAAUUGUUCAAUAUCACGAUAAAAUGCAUCGAGGCGACAGCUUUAGAGGAGACUGAGGAGUCCAGCUUGUUCAUGGAAGCGUUCGAAAAUAAUUUAGAGUCUUGGGUUUUGUUACUUCAAUCAAAAGAAGACCUCCCGACGGAUUUUUUAUCGCAAUUUGUCAUCCAAAUCUUCAAUAAAUACGUGCAAGCGCAUUUAUCGCCGCCCGAAGGCAUCCGCAUGAACGACUCCGAUCACGAAGAAUUCACGGAAGACACGGAAAAAGAUCGCGUUCGGUACAAAGAGCAACUUGUGAUCAUCGGAACGUUCGCGCGUGAGGUAAUUGCUCAUUCGCUGCCCAUUUUAGCGAAACUUUUGGAAGACAAGAUACGAACUUUUGCGGUUAUGCUUCAAACUUUGUACACGGCGAACGUAAAUAUCACGGAAAAGGAAACGACAGCCUUGCAAAAUAUUUUUGAGGACAUCCAUUGGUUGUUAUUGCUCACGGCGUACACGAUAGGCAACGAUUCUGAAGGCGAAACAGCGUUAAUUCCCCCGGAAAUUAAUCAAUAUUGUCAAGCAAGGUUCCAAACGGGUACAAUUGACAUCAAUAAAAGCUUAGAACUCAUCGCGAAACCCGACAAGGACAUUGCCGAGAUCUUCCAAGACCCCGAACAAGCUGAUCCCAUCUUGAGAAUUACUGCUUCGAUGUUACGUUUGGCUGAAUUGGAGUCUACCGCGCUAAAAUGUCAAAUGGGAACACUCUUGAGUCCGGAAUUAAGUUCAACUUUGAUGUUUUUUAUGAGGAUUUGGUUGAGUAUUUACCUUUUUCCGUUGCCAGAGUACUACGAGACGAUCUGUGAGUCCGUUAAAGUUGCCUUCGGUAUCGAUUCUGAAUGUGGAAAGUGGAUUCUUAAUUAUAUCCUGACCAAAGUUUGUGCAAAUAUUCAACAAUUUGCGUCGGAAAAUGAUGUCAUUGAGGAUACAGUUCAAGUUUUCUUGGCAAUUUUGAAGCAAAAACACAAAUGUCUUCCCGUUUACAACUCGGAAGUGUUCAAUACGCUUUUUGGCAUCAAAGAUAUGAAACUUCCCGUCACAGCGAAACGUGGUUUGUUGAAAGGAUUCGUGCAAAUUGCGGGUUCUAUUAGUGAUGCAACGACGCGAAAGUCGUAUUUGAGUCAAAUUUUUGCCCCCAUCGCUGCUCGUUACUUCAAUAUCCUGCACAAACCAGAUCUGAAGGCGACUUAUCAAAAUGAAGACAUCAAAUUGGAAGUUAUUUCCAUCAUUGAGGAGGUUCGGGGAUGCGUACUUGGUGCUUAUAACCUUAUUUCGUCCUCGUUAUUUGAGCAUUUUCAAGUAAUGUUUGUCGAAUUGCCCGAAUUGCUCAAUUUGUAUCGGAAUUACAACGUCAUUGUCGAGCUACUGUUGGAGCUGUUGUGUGAAACUGUCCUGAAUAUUGAUUAUGCGUCAGAUACGGCGGAUGUUUCGCUCAAAACGGGCAUUUAUAAUUGUUGCAUGUCCAUUAUUCGGGUUUGGGUGAGCGUAAAUGCGAAUAAAAUUAGUACGGAAAUGAAGGAUUAUGAUGAUUGCCCGGAGGAUAUUUUGCUGAUAUUGAAGUUGUUGACUUGUUUGCUGUCGAAGACGUUAAUUGAUGAUGAUGCUGAUGCUCCUGUUGAUGCCGGACAAGUAGUAAUUUAUGGAUUAACGAGUCUCAUGCCAUUAAUUUCCAUGGAUUUAAUUCGUUUUCCCGCCUUUUGUAAUCAAUAUUAUCAAACAAUUGCCGUUUUUGCGGAAUCAAAAUCUCACAAAAUCACAACACUCGAUCCCGAACUUUUAAAGCAAAUAAUCAGCUCUGUGCAACUCGGCUUGAACACUUUCACAACGGAAAUCCAAAGUUUCUGCUUUGACUUUAUCGUGGCAGUCUCCGACGUCGUCUACUACGAACGCAUCCCGAAUUCCGUGACUUACAAUUUGGUUCUGCCAUUCCUCGAGCUUAUUUUUAACAUGAUCGUGACGCGACAAAUUGAUGCCGAGAACAAAAACGAGAGUUACGGUGCCGUCUUUUCGCUCGCAUGUGCUUUCAAAGAGCAAUUUUCCUUUUUGAUGAACAAAUUGGUGACGUCGCAGGAAAAUCCACAGAUCGCUGAACGAAUUCAACUGAAACUCAAUGAAUUCCAAACGGGACUCGAGCUUAACAACAAUCGCAUUCAACGAACGAAAUUCAUUGAGAAAUUCGACAAGUUUAUUACCGGUAUUAGUUUUAUACUGAAUAAUGCCUAAAAACUAAACUUUUUUAAGACUUGAGAGAGAGAUGAAAGAUGAAAAAAAAUAAGAAAAUAUUUAUUGAAGAAAAAUUUUGUAUUUUUUGACAUGAUGAAUAAGUAAUAAAA